CCCCGCCGGCCCCAGCCCCUCCUCCCCAUUCUCCUCCGCCUCCUGCGCUUCUUCGUCCUCUCCCUCCGGCCCGCGGCUGCCCGUCCGCGGAGCUGCGGAAGGAAGAAGCUUCAGACUCCAGCGUGAGAAUGGCUAUGACUUUAGAAGAAGUUUCAUGGGUAUGUGUGACCUUUGUGAAAGCCCUCCUGAGGUUCGCCUUCAUGGUCACAAAUAACUUGGUCGCCAUUCCAUCCUAUGUCUUCUAUAUCAUAAUUCUUCAGCCUCUCCGAAUGCUAGACAGGAAGCGGUUCUGGUAUAUCGAAGGAAUCAUGUACAAGUGGCUUUUAGCAAUGGUGGCUUCCUGGGGUUGGUGUGCAGGCUAUACAGUAAUGGAGUGGGGUGAAGAUAUUAAAGCAAUUUCAGAAGAUGAAGCUCUGAUGUUGGUGAACCAUCAAGCAACAGGAGAUGUGUGCACGUUAAUGAUGUGCCUACAGGACAAAGGAAUGGUUGUUGCUCAGAUGAUGUGGUUGAUGGAUCACAUAUUUAAGUAUACAAACUUUGGUAUUGUUUCUCUAAUUCAUGGAGAUUUCUUUAUAAGGCAGGGAAAAUCUCAUCGUGACCAGCAGUUGGUUCUUCUUAAGAAGCACCUGAAAAAGUAUUACAGGAGCCGGGAUCGGAAGUGGAUUGUUCUGUUUCCAGAAGGUGGCUUCCUCAGGAAGAGACGAGAAACAAGUCAGGCAUUUGCCAAAAAAAAUAAUUUGCCAUUCCUUGUACAUGUCACCCUGCCACGGCUUGGGGCAACACAAAUUAUUCUGAGUGAACUUGUAGCACGACAAGAAAAUGGAACCCCAGCAGGUGGAGAUGCUAGGGUGUUAGAGAAUAAACCAAAAGGCCUCCAGUGGGUCAUAGAUACAACCAUAGCUUAUCCUAAAGAUGAACCUAUAGACAUCCAAACCUGGAUUCUUGGAUACAGGCGACCAACAGUCACUCAUGUUCAUUACAGGAUUUUUCCAAUUAAAGAUGUACCCUUGGAGAAUGAUGCCCUUGCUAAUUGGCUCUAUCAGCGGUUCAUUGAAAAGGAGGACCUCUUGUCACACUUUUAUGAAACAGGAGCUUUUCCUCCUCUAAUGGGCCAGAAGAAAGCCAUUUCUAAGGAGAUGACCCUCAGCAACAUGUGGCUAUUUUUCAUACAGUCCUUAGCAUUUUUAUCAGGCUAUAUGUGGUACAACGUUUUACAGUAUUUUUAUCAUUGCCUGUUCUAGAAGUUGAAUGGGACCUAUGGACAUCAUAAGAGUUUAGGCUUUUGCAAAUGUGCAUUAUAUUACAUGUGCAAAUGAGAAUAUACGCAAGUAAAGGAAACUGGAUGGCCAGCUUGAUUUUUAUCCCUCUUUGGGGAAAUUUUAAAACUUUACUAAAAGUGAGGAUCAGUAAUGUAAUGACCUGCUAAUGUAUUUUAAGAACUUUCCAUGUUUUUAAAAGGUAUACUAUACCACAAACAUGUAACACAAACAUGCUGGGAGAAGAGGAGAUCAUAACGUUAUCCUGGAAGACUAAGAGAAAUUAUAUCACCACUGAAUAUACUUGGAAACUUACUUCAAGGUUAGAAAGCUCGAUUUUCCUCUUAUCCAGUAGUCUGUACUACCACAGUGUUCUAGAGAUCCCUUGUUUCCAGCAAUUGAGGUUAUGUUGCCACUAACAUUUCUGAGAGCAGUUGGGGCCUCCUGCAUAACUGUUUCUUGGUCAUCAGUUUCUGUUUUAAGACAAAAACAAACCAUUCCUAAACACCUAAGUGAAAUAUAGUGUCAGAUAUUCUCUGUGGAAAAAGCCAGUGCUCAUUAGGCAUAAUAGUACUAGGAUGUGCUUAAACAACAGAAAUCGAUUCUGGCUAUCUCAGUCUCUAGUUUGUUGAGUUUAUCAUCCACCAUCAUGUUUACAUGUGUUAGUACUUUCCCGUUUCCAAGGGAGUGAAAAAAUGUCUUGUCAUUUGAUUUUUUUCAUCUUUAGAAUAUAUUACAUGGAUUAUUAUCUUUUGCAAAAUGCACUUUUAAAAGAUGCAAAUACAGUGAAGGAAAAGUCUAUAGCUUGAGAUCGAUUGAAUUUUUAUAAUAAGUGGGUUUCUUGAGAGGCAUUGCUGCCCCUGAAGGUUUACUUGAGUGCUAAUACUCUUCAGCACAGUAAUGCUUUGGGUACCACACUAUUGCUGAUAUGACAGUUACAUAGUUCAGAAGCCUUUUGUUUUGGGGUUUGUUUUUUUUUUUUCCAUUUUGAUGUGCUAACACUAAAUACAUUUUGGGAUGGUUAAAACAAGUUAAUGCCAAACAACUACAUGUUCUGUUUAGGAAGAAAAUAGACUAUUUAGUUGAUUAGAAAACUAAUAAUAGCUAGAGCCAGACACUGGCUUAAAAUGAUAGGAAGUUAUUCAGUCUCCUGUGACAAGGUACAAACAUAGCCCUCUAGAUAUCUGUACAAACAACACUGUUGUCACCAUAUCAAAAGUAGUUGCUAGUCUCAGGAGAAGGAAAGUUAACUAGGAGACAAGCUGAUGCAAAAGCUUUUAAAGUAGUCUGGUUCUUACUGAUUGCUAGAAAAUAUAGUUCUUGUCAUCCUGUUUGUGUGAUUUACCUCAUGAUAGAACCAAAUUCUUUCUACAAAAGAGCUACAUUGGUACAUAGUUUGAAUGCCAGAUGUUGAGCUACUGGGUGUUUGUGGUUUGGAAUUCUAAAAUUAUUAAGAUCCAAGUAAGUCAACUGUAGUGCUCUGUGCUAUUGGCAACAUAGACUCCCCUGUUGCCUCUAAUCACACAAAUACCAAUUUUGAUAAGUAGUCUAUAAGAUAAAAAUAAAGUUAAAUAUUUUCCAUUUAAAAUAAACCAAAAAAAUAGCAAGAUGUGAAUUUCCCCUCAGUUUUGUGGGAAAGGUUAAUUAACACCAAAUAUAAGUCCACAAUAUCUUCAUCCUUUAAGGUAACUCAGUGCAUAUGUAACAAAGAACAUAACGCAGUAACUGAAAUACCUCAUUGACUGGAAGUACUGCUACUAGCAAAAUGCAGAAAUGUUGAUGUACUUAGUUUGGGAAAUGUUCAUUGUAAGAUGAGAUUUUGAAACCCAGUUUUUUAUUGAGUGUGCCCAUACACGGUGACAGUGCACAUAAAGCCCAGCUCACCUGAGAGGAACCUAGUGAGAAGAGUAUAGAGCUGAUUCUGUUCAUGCCCCUUUCAUAUACAGGUAAUCCCAAGUAGACCCUCAUUCCUAAAGAAGUCUGUAUUGUGGUUAUUCUGUUGGUUUUCCUCUCCAGAGAAAUGUAGAUAUGACUAUUUUUUUAAAAAUCCUUUGAUGUUCAGUUGAAAAAGGAAAGGUUUUCUAUAAAGGGACAGUUACACUCUUUAAAUGAUUGCACACAUCAAAGAAGCUCCAUCCCGGAAUAUAAUACUUUUCCGUAGGAGUGGGUCAAACAGGACAAACAGGUGUGCCAGUUACUUAUGUGGUGGGUAUGGGCAGUGUAUAGACGGGUAUACAGUUGACCCUGUCUUAAAGCAUAUCUCUCUCUUUUGUUUGUAAAACAUGUUUGUUUUAGAGCACUGAUUGUAGUUUCCUUCUCAGUGAGUGGCAUUCUCCUACCUGCACUAAAGAGUGUGAAAGGAGAAUCAGUGUUCCUUCCUAUGUGGUAAUCAGGGUGUUUUCUGUUGUUUAAAGAAAAAAAAAACCAAACUCCGAAUAAAACCUUCCAGUUUGCCAUGUAGUUUUUGUGUGAAGGGGAAGGAAAUUCAAAGGACUCACAUUUUAUGGAGAGAAAGCAUUAUAAAGCUUAUAGGGAAUAGUUAUUGUGCUAGCUUAAGUUGUUUGUAGCUCACCCAGUUAAGUUGGCCUGUAGAGCCUCACCUCCUCUGCAGUUCAGUUGGUCUACCUAGAUUGCCUCAGCAGAGAUCAGUGUGUACUUCUAGAAACCCAACAGCCCUGAGUGUUGCUUUCUAUUGGUAGGACCAGUAACUUGGUUUCAGUGACUACAAAAGUGAUCUAAAUACACCAGCUGAUUGUAACUUUUAGAAUCAGUUGUUUGGUGUUUUAGGUACAUUGCUGUGGAGAAACCCAUUAUCCAGUGGAGGCUGGGGGGUAAAUUGAAGGUUUAAAGGGGAAACAGGUUAUCUACUACAUUUAGUUAUGAGUUUCUAGACAAUAGGUCUUUUUUUAAAGGUAGCUUGUAUGUUCAAGUCUUUAUGAUUGGGUAGUUUUUUCAUUACAGCCAAACCUUGUUUAUUACCUGGCUUUAUGUGGAUAAUUGAAAUUCACAGAUAAUUCAAAAAUCUAAUGUAUCUAUUAGCUUCAAUCUCCUCUCUACUCAAACCUUUGAACAGAAAUGCUACCAAGUAUGAAAUUGAUUGGUUUGAUUUGUAACCUGCCUGGUAAGAUAUUUGUGAAUGUGCUAUUGAGCAGUGAAAUGAGUGAAAGGCAUCCAUAAGAGGAGACACAACAAGCUUGAAUAAUCCACAGACUGAAUGAUCAGUUUCUGAAUAAUCAAGAGUUGGCUGUAUUAAAACUGUUCUCAAACUGUUUUAUUAAAUUGAAACUUUAAAUCACCAAAUGUAAACUUCUUCGGUACACCAUUCUAUUGUUAAUGCCUUUGGAAUUUGUUUUAUGAAUGUUCAUUCUCCCCUGUGUGGAUUUGUCUUAGUAAUUUUCUUUUUUGACAAUCACUUCAUUGAACACUUCUGUAAUAUUUAAACUUGGUCAUAAUAAAUAAUCUUCAAUCAUGACAAGUAGGAGUUGGAUUUGUGUUGAUAUUUAAGAAAAAAAUUAUUUGCACUGCUAAAUAGGAAAAUUUAAUUAUUUUCUUUUUUUUUCUCUUUUUCUUAAAUGAAAAUGAAAUAUACUUUACCAUGAUGGUAGUAUUCAGCUCUGGUUCACAUAGAGCAAAAAGUAAAAAUGAUCUGUUUUCUUGCCAUGCAGUGCUGUAAACCUUACCUCUGUUAAAAAGAAAAGAAAAGUCAAAUGCUGAGCUUGGCCCACAGGUACAUUAAUUCACUUUAUAUGUGAGUAAAGCAGAAUGUGCUUGGGACCAAAAUCACCUAAGUCGGGAAUACCUGAAUCACAAAGAAGCCUGGGGGUUCUUUGGAGCAGUCCUUGGUUGGUGCUUUACUUCAACCAUUUUGCACCAAUCCUCAGCAAUUAGGAGCCAGGCCCUGGGAAUAAAUUGAAGGUGCUAGACUUUUGGGGGAAGGUGACUGGAGCCAUAUGAAAGAUACGAUAUGGAUUUUUCUUUUUUUUUUUUUUUCUUUUUUUGCAAAAUUACGUAUUUGUGGAUUUUUACAUUUAGUAUUUUUUUAAAACAGUUUAAAGAGCAAAAUAAACUUGUAUUCUAGUUGCAAAGUAUGCAUACAUAUAUUUUGAAUGACUUUAUUUUUAUUGUGUAAAACUGUUGAACACAUAACUGUGAUGCAUAAAUUCUUUACAUGUUAAGGAGUGUAUGCAUUUGACAGUAACUUCUGUUUUAUAAUUGGGAAAUGAAACAGUUAUACGUUGAACCACUGUUAUAUUAAAACACAUUUCUUUUAAGGUUGUUAUUACAAAACUGUGUUUAUUUUAUAAAAUGGAUUUUAGUUUUCCUAAUGCCAUAUUGUUUACUUUAGUCUGUUUGACCUUUCCCUUUUCCUUGCUGUGUUAUUUGCAUGUUGUUCUGUAUGAUAAGAAUGAAUGUAAAGGCUAUUGUGACUAAUUUUGUAAAGGGCUGGUCACAUGUGGAUCUGUUUUAUUAAUGCAUUUUAAAUGAUUUUAGUAUCCAAAUCAUCUUUUCAGAAAUUUGGUGUUAAUACCCCCCCCCAAAAAAAAGCCAAACCAUAAAACAAAAAAAAAACAAAACCUUUUCUCAACAGAAACUAAUAACUGGCUCUAUUUUUUUUUAACUGUGCAAGAAAAUAAAGUUGAUUUUCAAGAUAAAGUGCUUCUAAUUUUUCUUAGUUGAAUGGAGUGUUUUGGUGUUAUGGGUUUUGUUUUGGGUUUUUUGGGGGGGGGGUCCUUUUUACAUUGGUAUUUUGAGGAAAGUUCAUGAGGGAAAGGUGUAAAUUGAUUGCCCCAGGCACACUGAAUUAGAUCAGAUGGCAAAAUAUCCUUGGUUUGAAAAGCCCAUUUUUGUUUUUGUGUUUAGCCUCUUUAACUCUUGGUAGUGUCUUAUAUUUCUCACAUUUGCUCCAUUCAGAGCUCUCAGAAAAAUGAAUUCUCAUCACAAAAAUUCCUCUUUCUAGGCAGGAGCUUUAAAAGGUGAGAACACUAAUGCAAAGAUGGUCUUCCACCAUCUUAUGAUUUAGAAAAAUGAAACUCAGAACUAUUCCUGAAGAGCUUUAUUGGCCACUGCUUUUCUCAAUUUACUCAUCUACUUUCAAGUUAUUUCAUCAAAGCCAAGUAAACACAUAAAUGUGUAUCUCAAAUAGGUUUGAACGCUUAAUGUAUCUAUCAGAUUUGUUGUCAUAGACUGUAGUCUCUAAGUCUGAGCCCAUUGAAAACAAGUGGACUGGAGCACGUUGCACAAUCUACCCAAUGAGUAUAAUGUUCAGUUCAGUCUACCUCUUCUUUUGGGUCAGGAUUUGGGCCAUUAUUUUGGGGAGGGAUGGGAUUUUUGUCUUAUGUAGACGUUUCUGUGAAAGAUGGAGGACAAUUGGGGGGAAGGAGCCUGAAAGCAAAUGCUAAAGCACGAAGAGAUCUGUUGCUGACCAGCCCUGUUCCUCAUGAGUUUGGGGG